AUGCCCCCUCCGGGGGGGUUUGAAUCGCUCAAGUAUAAACGGAACCUUCCAUUCCGCGGACCGAGUGGUCUGGCCAUUCUCGGCGGCGUAACGGCUGUCUGCCUGUAUGGCUUCUAUCGGCUUGGAAGGGGCAACAUCGAGAAGAGAGAGCUCCAGCGGGAACAGACGUGGUCGCGGAUUCAUCUUAUUCCCUUGCUGCUGGCCGAGGGGGACCGCGACGCGUACCGGCGGCAACAGGCGGCGCUCGGGCGAGAGAAGGAGAUCAUGAAGGACGUGAAGGGCUGGGAGGCGGGAAAGAGCGUUUACAACGAUGGCCGAUACCAGGGGACGGAGUAUGUCGUCGUCCUUUGA